UCAUGAUGAUGAACAAUCUAAUUGGAGGGAUAAUUGCCGAACAGAGACAACCAAAAACCGACAUCGUUUUUGUCAUCUUGAAGACUUGAACCGAAACUAAAACCAUAAAACAGGGAAAAAGGGAAAUUUGCCACUUACAGGCCCGAACCGCCUCUCCACGAUUUCCUUUUACGCAUAUCACUCUCUAUAAAAACUGUACUUGAAAGAGAUAAACUCGUCCAUAUAAAUCAAGAAAACUGCCCUAAGAUUAACCGCGGCCUCCGAAAAUAAAUUUUUUUUUCUUUCUGUUCCAAUUAUUUUUGCAGAUUGAUAUCCGGUGAAAAAUACGGAUCCUGCCCGAUCUGACUUCCUGGAGAGAUGUGCACCGCCAAGCUUCCGCCUGCAUCGCCGUCCGUACCGAUCGUGAUCCGCUCCGUUUGGUCCGAUAAUCUGGAUUUUGAAUUUGAGUUGAUCAGAUCCUUAGCUUCAAAAUAUCGGUGGUUCUCCAUGGACACGGAAUUUCCAGGCGUAGUGGUCAAGCCCGCCGACAUGCCGGCUAACGAUAAUACGAAUGUAAUUCAUCGGAAUCCUGCCGCCAACUAUGUCAGCCUUAAGACCAACGUGGACUUGCUCCAUCUCAUCCAGAUCGGCGUCACAAUAUCGGAUGAUGAGGGGAAUCUUCCAGAUCUCGGUACCGGAACUUGUUAUAUAUGGGAAUUCAACUUCAGGGAUUUCGACAUCACGCGGGAUUUCCACGCGCAUGAUUCGGUCGAGCUAUUGAGAAGACAGGGCAUUGAUUUCGAGCGGAACCGCGUUUACGGAAUAGACUCUGCAAGAUUCGCGGAGUUGAUGAUGUCAUCGGGCCUGGUGUUGGACGACGAGGUGAGUUGGGUUACCUUUCACUGCGCGUAUGAUUUUGGAUACCUUGUCAAGAUCUUGACGCAGCGACCAUUGCCUGACGAAAUGAGCGACUUCUUGAAUCUGGUGAGGGUGUUCUUUGGCCCUAGCGUAUACGAUGUGAAACACCUGAUGAGAUUCUGCGAUAGCUUGCAUGGGGGUCUGGACCGCGUUGCGACGGACUUGAAUGUAGAACGGAUAGGGAACAGCCACCAUGCUGGUUCGGAUAGUUUGGUGACCAUGCAGGUUUUUCAGAAGAUGGAAGGGCUAUAUUUUAGCGGAGGAAAGAUCAAGAAGUACGCAAAUGUUUUGUAUGGUUUAAAGAUGGUUUCCUGAUAAUAUGUGGAAUCGUAGAUUUCUUGUUCUUUGUUCCUAGCAAAGUCUGUACACAUUUUGGAUUCUUAUUACCUAUUAAUAUUAGUUGCUCCUCCUAAAAUCA